AGAAAUGGGAAGAGAGUCCAAUGUGAUAGUUGUCCGGUUAUGAACCACGUCAUCUUAAAAACGGGUGGGACGAGAAACCAAGGAUAGAGAGAUUUUGUAAGAAGAGAGAUUAUUUGUUAAUUGUAUUACCGCAUCCGAGAGAUAAAAAUAGAGAGCGAGCCAGAGAAUGAUUUUUGUUUGACAAACCUCUAUUUUUUUGGUUUGUGCUUCUGGAAACGGGAUUUUCGUGGUUGCUGCUGACUUGGUGCUAGGUGGGAGAUAUGGCCGGAGCUACAGAUUCGGGUUGCGAUGAUGAUGAUCGUAAAAUUGGUAGCCAAUCGGACGGUGGGUGUGUCCCUGGAAAACGCGGGAACGAUGAGGAUUCCCCUGUCGAAGUCUCUUGCUCGAUUUGCCUCGAAUUGGUGCUCGACGACGGUGCCAGAUCCAAGGCUCAGCUCCAAUGUGGUCAUCAUUUCCAUUUGGAUUGCAUUGGAUCGGCCUUCAACAUGAAAGGAGCCAUGCAAUGCCCUAACUGUCGGAAUGUCGAAAAGGGUCAGUGGUUGUUUGCUAAUGGCUCUACUCGGCCGUUUCCUGACUUUUCCUUGGAAGACUGGAUCCCCGAAGAAGACCUGUAUGGUUUAACUUAUCCCGAAAUGCAAUAUCGGGUCCAUUGGUGCCCGUUUGGUGAACUCGCUCAAGCAGCUUCUUUCGAGGAACUGGAACCUGCUACCACUACAUAUCAUAAUGAAUUCCAUGGACACCACGCCGCUGCUGUUAACCAUUCAUAUCUUGCAUACGUUGGACCUGCCCCCGCUGCUACCCCGAGAACUAGCGAGAACAACAAUGCAGAUGAUCAUCCCUGGAUCAGCCACCCUAACGAUCACUUUCACCAGCUUGCUGUUGCUCCCCAGUAUCAUCAUCAUCAUUCCCCAUCGUUUCCUCUACCCGGUGCUCAUAUGGUUGAUGGUGAAAAUGACUCUUCAGCAGCACGUAGCAUAUCUCAUCCACACCCAUUUCUUUUUAGUCACCGGUCUAAUCAAAGAACCUCACCACCAAUUAACAGUCACCAAGGAAGUAGCAACCAAAUGCGUGAAAACCAUAACACACAGCAUCAUGUUUUUAAUCAUCCGAGGCAGCAUCAUGCCAAUGGUCCCACUCUCGCAUCCCCUCUCAUCUCGGUGACAAGAAGGGGAUUACCACCACCGCCACCGAUGCCGGAUCAGAACAUUGGAUUCUUUGUUUAUCCACCACCAAGCUCAUUAGGUGGACACCGUGAACCAGAAACCGAUCAGUUUCAUGGUUGGGAGAGAGAUUGGUUCCCCCAUUUCCCUGUCCCGUCGAAUCACCGCACAAUCUCGAGCUUAUGGCCUCCUAGACACUACUGAGAGAAGUUGUGUGUCUGAAAUCUGAAGUCGCCUGGAACAAUUCUGUCAGGCUUAUGAACAAUGUAUAAAAGAAAACUGGGGACUUGUUUGAUCGAUGAAAACUUGUUUAUGAUGUAACUAUAACUGGUUUCCAAUGUACAUUUGUGAGCUUUCCAAGAAUCGUUGUUAUUAAUUACAAACAA